AUGGUGGUCAUCAUCCUCCAAGUCGGCCUCGAUGUCACUGUCGUGCAUCGCUGCGAUCCAAGGGGCAUCCCAAGCCUGAGCUUCGGUGCGCGCGCUCGGCCAACGGCGAGCCGCAUGCUCUGGCAGUCGCACCGUCACAUGCCGGCGUGGUCCGUCGGGCCUGCCGGCGUACGACUUCGAGGAUUUGAGUGCCGUUCGGAUGCUAGAGGGCUUGAGAGCUUCGUCGACGUCGCUGGUGUUGCUCGAGCUGCUUCGCUUGGUGCGAAGCGUGGGUUUGUAUGUGCCGCCGUGGCCAGAAGAUGA